CGCGACGGGAGCUGGGCGCGAUGGACUCACGAGGGGGGCAAGGCCGGGGCGACGGCUCGCUCGGCCUCUCCGAGCCCUUGCUGACGGGAUCGACGACCGACAGAGGCGUCGCGAGCGGGCCCCUCCACGCAUCCCGGCCCCCCCCGCAACGAGUCGGCGCCCACUCGCACGUAACAACGCAGCACAGCCUGCCGCUGGGAACCGCCCCGAGGGACGUCCGCGCGGUCGCCCGGCGCGGGUUCCGGCCCCUGCGCGGCGCGUGGCUCGUCCUGUUGACCUGGGCGGGAACGUGCGUCGCCACGCUCUGGGCGCUGCUCACGGACGAGCGCGGUCUCAUCGGUCCUUUCGACGACGCGCACGCCGCUAGGGCGUCGCUCAACGCAGCGCUGCUCCUCGCGUCCGGCGCCCUCGAGCUCACCCUGCGGCACGUGCUCAAACGGCGGCAGCGGCAGGGGUACCUCGCGUUCUACAGAGGCGUGCGCAAGCUCAUACCCCAGCCCUUCCGCAUCGUCAGCCUGGGCACCGCGGUGCUCUUCGUCAUCGUCACCACGGGUUGGAGCGUCGAAGCCGCGAGGGCGGUGGCGACGCUGCAGUGCGCGGCGAUGGUGGGGUGCCUCCUGGCGAUCGGGGAGCGAAUACGGCGGCACAACGCGGCGGCUCCAUCGCCGGACGCCCGUGUCGCGUUGGGUCGGGGCUGCGAGGAUGGCGACGUUCUACCAAACGCUCCGUGGGGGGACGGCUCCCAUCGUGGGGAUGGGGACGACGUCGAGGACGGUUUCGUCGGCGACGAGGCGUCGGUGAGCGAGGAGCAGGCCGAGUUCAACAGGUACCUGUGCGAACAGGUCCGGGAGCUCGGGAGGGAGUGCGUGCGGCUGCAGCGCAGGCUGGCGGAGGGCAAAAGGGACGGGUCGGGCGACGACGACGACGACGAUGACGACGACGACGACGACGUGUACGACUCGUCGUUGGCUCGCCGCGGGGGAGGUUCGGUACGACCGUCCGUCCGCGGAGGCUCGUCCGCCCCUGCAGAGCUCUCCCAGGCGCGCUCGGAGCUCGCGAGGUGCCGCGCGGAGCUGGACGAGCGGCAGGCGGAGAUCGCGCGGCUGCACGCGGCGAACCGUCAGCACGAGUCGGAGCAGCAGAGGCUCCGCGCGUCGAUGGACGAGUGGUCGGGUCAGGCGGCGAGGUUGGAGCGCAGGCUGGAGCGCGCGGAACGGGGGAGGGAGAACGCGGGAGGAGUCACGGGGCGGGACUAGGGUCGUGCGAACGUGUCGUAAGAAUGUGUGUCAAUCAAUCACAGGAGGCUAAACGAAACCCACGCGACGCGCUCGUCCCGCCAUUCAAAAGCAAAGAAUAAAUCCACUCCUCCCUUAAGCGCCAGGGCCACGGCGCCCCGAACCUCCGGCAAUCACCCCGACGACCCGCGUGGGCCGUCCCGCACGAACUCCGGCGCGUUGGACCGUUUAGAUGAGCUUGAUCUUGGUGAGGGCGACGUAGGUGCCGACCGCGAAGGUGAAGGAGGAGGUGAGGAAGGCGAAGUAGAGGACGGGGGUGGGGACGUCCGCGGUGGCGAAAACCUCCUGGGGGACAGCCGCAACGAUCUCCGCAGCCUUGGCCUCGGCGCCGGACAUGGCGGCACCCACGGAGACGGCGACGGCGGACGCCUUCUUGGCGAGCUCAACACGCUCCACACCCGCCUUGGCCACGACCUUCAUGGCGCGGGCCUUAGAGGAGGCGCGGGUGGCGCGGGCCGCGGGGGCAGCGCGGACGGCGGAGACGAGAGAAACCUGGGCGACGGCCAUUUUUCUUGGAUGUGUUCUUG